UAAUCUCUAACCCUCUCUCUGUCUACCUGCAGGCUGACAGCAGGGCAAAGGGUCGAGGGCCAACUCAGCUGCAGCAGUAUAGCCUUAGUUCUCAGCGCAAAACAUUUUCUUUAACCACACCAACGCAAGAAAAUGACUGCCGUGGACAAGGACGUGGCCGAGAAGUUCCUGGACAGCAACCCGGCCUUUGCCAAGGAGUACUACGACGCCAAUUUCCGUCCAAAGGUCAUCUCGGACCUGCUGGGUGGUAAGAGUGCACAGGUGGACUUCAAAGCGUUCCACGCUCUCAGCUCGGUGGAGGAGAGUGAGAUCGUGUUCGACCUGAUCCGCGACAUCCAAGAUGAUUACAAGAUGGAGAGUGCCACCUUCAAUGUGAUGCGGCAUAUGAGCUUCAUGCUGCGUGCCGACCGCAUGAGUCUCUUCAUGUACCGGCAGCGCAACGGUGUGGCCGAGCUGGCCACCCGCCUCUUCAACGUGCACAAGGACGCCAAGCUCGAGGAGUGCCUGGUGCCGCCCGACAGCGAGAUCGUCUACCCGCUGGACAUGGGUAUCGUGGGUCACGUGGCGACCACCAAGAAGUUGGUCAACAUAAAGGAUGCCACACAGGAUGAACAUUACAGUGACUUCGUGGACCUCCUGCAGGAGUACAAGACCAAGAACGUGCUCGCCACACCCAUCAUGAACGGCAAAGACGUGGUGUCCGUCAUCAUGGCCAUCAACAAGCUGGACGGGCCUCACUUCACUGAGGAGGAUGAAGAGGUCUUCAAUAAGUAUCUCAACUUUGCCAAUCUGAUUCUGCGAGUCUUUCACCUGAGCUAUCUGCAUGACUGCGAGACCAGAAGAGGACAGGUGCUGCUGUGGUCAGCCAGCAAGGUGUUUGAGGAGAUUACGGACAUCGAGAGGCAGUUCCACAAAGCCCUCUACACAGUCAGGGCCUUCCUCAACUGCGACCGCUUCUCUGUGGGACUCUUGGACAUGACCAAAACGAAGGAGUUCUAUGACCUCUGGCCUGUGCAGAUGGGAGAGGUGCCCCCUUAUGACGGGCCCAAGACCCCAGACGGCAGAGAAAUCAUUUUCUACAAAGUCAUUGAUUAUAUUCUACAUGGCAAAGAGGACAUCAAAGUCAUCCCGGCUCCUGCUAUGGACCACUGGGUUCUGUCCAGCGGAUUGCCCACCUACGUGGCCGAGACCGGACUGAUCUGCAAUAUCAUGAAUGCUGGUCAGGAUGAUUUCUUCAACUUUCAAAAAGGGCCUCUGGACAAGUCUGGCUGGACCAUUAAGAACGUCCUCUCCCUGCCCAUCGUCAACAAGAAAGAGGAGAUUGUUGGCGUGGCAACCUUCUACAACAGGAAGGAUGGCAAGCCAUUCGACGACAUGGACGAGGCCCUGAUGGAGUCUCUCACCCAGUUCCUGGGCUGGUCAGUGCUGAACUCGGACAUAUAUGACAAGAUGUCCAAGCUGGAGAACCGCAAGGACGUCUUCCAGGACAUGGUCUUGUAUCACAUCAAGUGCAGGAAGGACGAGAUCCAGAACGUCUUGAACACGCGCGAGAGGUACGGCAAAGAACCUGCCGACUGUGAGGAGGCCGAGCUCGAGGCAAUCCUGAAAGAGGUGCUUCCCGACUCGAAGAAAUCAGAGAUUUUCGAGUUUCACUUCUACGACGCCCACCAUACGGAGAUGGACCUGGUCAAGUGUGGCAUUCAAAUGUACUACGAGCUGAACGUGGUGGACCAGUACCACAUUCCUCGAGAGGUGCUGGUGAGGUUCAUGUACUCUUUGAGUAAAGGCUACCGCGCGAUCACCUAUCACAACUGGAGGCACGGCUUCAACGUGGGACAGACCAUGUUCACACUCCUGAUGACGGGCCAGCUGAAGCGCUACUACACAGAUCUGGAAGCUAUGGCCAUGGUGACGGCUGGCUUCUGCCACGAUAUUGACCACCGCGGCACCAACAACCUCUACCAGCUGAAGUCUGCCAACCCCCUGGCAAAGCUGCACGGGUCGUCCAUCCUGGAGAGGCACCAUCUGGAGACUGGCAAGACCCUACUGCGAGAUGAGAACCUGAAUAUCUACCAGAACCUCAGCCAGGAACAGCAUUCGUUCGUCAUUCAUCUGAUGGACAUCGCCAUCAUUGCCACGGACCUUGCCCUCUACUUCAAGAAGAGAGCCAUGUUCCAGAAGAUUGUGGAUCAGUCCAAAACCUACACCGAUGUGGGCGAGUGGAACAAUUACAUGACGGGUCAGACGACCCGCAAGGAGAUCGUCAUGGCCAUGAUGAUGACAGCGUGUGACUUGUCUGCCAUUGCUAAACCUUGGGAGGUGCAGAGCAAGGUGGCGCUGGCUGUGGCAGCAGAGUUCUGGGAGCAGGGAGACCUGGAGAGGACUGUGCUGGAGCAGACCCCCAUUCCCAUGAUGGACAGGACCAAGUCAGCUGACUUACCAAAGAUGCAGUGCGGUUUCAUCGAUUUCGUCUGCGCUUUUGUCUACAAGGAGUUUUCCCGUUUCCAUGAGGAGAUCACACCCAUGUGUGACCGGCUGCUGAACAACAGGAAGGAAUGGAACGGCUUGAAGGAGAUCCACGAGGGCAAACUGGCCGAGCUGGAGGCCGAGAAGAAGGCCAAGGAGGACGCGGUUGAGGCCAAGAAGGCUGUCACCCAGGCCCCUCCGCCGGACACCGCCAGCAAGACCUGCUGCAUCAGCUAAACACCUCCACUCCACUCUUCCACCUCCUCUCCUCUUCCUCUCCUCCUUCAUCUCCACUCCACCCAUCUACUCCUCCUCUUCCUCUCCUCCUUCAUCUACACUCCACCCCUUCACUCCACUCCACUCCUCCUCCCCCUCUCCACCUCCUCCACUCCUCAGACCCUCCCACGAAGCCAUCGGCACAGUCAGGAAGACCAUACAGACAACUUUAUAUAUAUAUUUAUUUAUUUAUUAUGAAUUUAUUUAUUGUAAUGCUUAUUCUCUACAGAUGCUCUUUGCUAAAUAUAUACCAUGGCAUCGGGAGUGCGACCCAGACAGACAGACAGACAGACAGACAGACACACACACACACACACAC